AUGCCGUGGUCUGGAGCUCAGAGCUAUUGCAGACAGUAUCACACAGACCUGGCCAGUGUGGGAAACCAAACUGACAAUGCCGUUUUAAUGGCCAUGAGCUCAUGGGGAGCUUGGAUCGGUCUGUUCAGAGAUUCCUGGAAGUGGUCAGACAAGACAACCUUCACCGAUAUUACCUGGAUGUCUGGAAAACCAGAUAAUGCCCUGGUACACGAGAACUGUGCUUCUAUAACUAAUGGUAAAGCAUCUGAUGAGCUGUGCACCGACAUCAAUCCUUUCUUCUGUUAUUCCUUAAUCACAGGGAAACUACAGAUUCUAAGAGUGAAGGUCCAGUCCGGUCAUUAUGCGAAUGAUCCUGCAGUAAAGGCGGCCAUGUUGGAUAAGGUUAAGCAGAUGCUCAGUGAUCACGGGAACUUCACAGUGAACUGGAGAGAGCACCCGAAUGGACUGGUGUUUAAGAAGAUUAAAGUCGAUUCUCCUGUAUUUUAUUAA